AUGAGAUUUCAAUCUCUUGUUCUCUUCUUCUUUAUUUUGUUGGCUUUUGCCACCAUGAAUCAAGCUAUACCAGUUGGUUGGAGUCCCAUAAAAAACAUCAGUGACAAAUUCGUGAAUAAUAUCGCCCUAUUCGCUGUUCGCGAGUACGACCAACAAAAAGGAGUAAAAUUGGAGUUUGAUAAACUUAUCAAGGGUGAAUUACAGGCUGUCGGGGUGGCUGGGACCAACUACCGCCUCACUUUUUCUGCAAAAAACGGUUCAUCUUAUAAUAACUAUGAAGCUGUUGUGUGGGUUCAGCCAGAGAACUACUCAUGGACCCUCACAUCCUUUAAACGCACUUGA